AAUGUCCCCCUAUCGUCAAAUUUCCUAAUAUUUCAUCCACUUCUCCAUUAAGUUUGAGGGCAAAAUUGUUCAUUCCGUAACCUUCUCUCUCCACAUCCUCCUCCUAAGUUUCAGGCAGGCGCCACGUAACCCCAACCCAUGAAGCCACCACUCCGGUCCACACAUCCACCCUAACCCACGCAGCCACCACCCCAGAAGCCAUCUCCAACCAGCAAUCAACAAAUUCAGGGGCAAAUUGAAAACUGGGUACAAAUUUAGCCCCGCAGCCACCACAAAUUGAAAACUGGCUGAAUUGAUAGGAAAAAUCUCGUAUAUACAUACAAAACAUCUGGAUGUCUUUUUGUCAAAGGAAGCAGGUAAAGCAUCUACCAGUUAACAGUUGUGGGUCCAUACUCCAUAGAUAAUCAAACUUGUUUCUCAAUUUCUCAAUUGCCACUUCCGAAACCUAUCUCCACCUCAACAAUUCUCAAGUCUCAAGAACAAGAAGCCAAUCCAAUGGCAGUUGAUGGAAAUCACAGUGAACUCCCACAAGUUCUGGUACUUCUCCCACCUGGGUGCUUCACUCUCUUGGAGUCCAACUACUCCCACAAGUUCAACUUCCUCAAAGCUUGGGACUCUCCUCUCCCUCAAGACCAGUUCUUGGCCGCACAUGCAGGCUCUGUUCAGGCCUUGCUGUCCUCUGCCAAUGGACCAACCAUCACUGCCAAUAUACUACAAAUGCUGCCCUCCUUGAAGGUCAUUGUCACCACCAGCGCUGGCAUUGACCAUGUUGACUUAGCCGAGUGUCGAAGCCGCGGUGUUGCCAUUGCCAGUACCCCUAAAAUCUUCACUGAGGAUGUUGCUGAUAUGGCUGUGGGGCUGCUUCUUGAUGUCAUGAGAAAGAUUUCGGCUGGGGAUCGGUAUGUCAGAGACGGGCUUUGGGCUACCAGAGGAGACUAUGCUCUCGGUUCUAAGAUAAGAGGCAAACGAGUUGGGAUUGUCGGAUUGGGAAAUAUUGGCUUAGAAGUUGCCAAAAGACUUGAGGCCUUUGGCUGCAACAUAUUGUACAACUCAAGGACGGAAAAGCCAUUCGUUUCAUACCCUUUCUAUUCUGAUAUCAGUGAACUUGCUGCUAACAGUGACGCCCUCGUCAUUUGUUGUGCAUUGACUGCUGAAACCCACCACAUGAUCAACAAGAAAGUCUUGUUAGCGCUGGGAAGAGAUGGCGUGAUUGUAAACAUAGGACGCGGAGCUAUCAUCGAUGAGAAGGAAAUGGUGCGGUGUUUGGUGAAAGGAGAGAUUGGAGGUGCUGGUUUGGAUGUGUUCGAGGAUGAGCCUGAAGUUCCUGAAGAGCUCUUUGCAUUGGACAAUGUUGUACUGUCGCCACAUUAUGCUACCUUCACACCAGAAUGUUUCAUAGCUUUGUGUGAACUAGUAGCAGGGAAUUUCGAAGCAUUCUUCUCAAAUAAACCGUUGCUUUCACCGGCUGUGGAUAAUUAAAUCAAUUUCUAUUUGCAGGGGACCAAAUAUUGAUGCGAUGAAUGGGGCUAUUAGAGAGUACAGAGAUGAACUGAGGUGUUAUCGUUACUGGUAUAUAUUUGAGAGUUGUAUGAUUUGCAUGCAGCAGACGGUGUGGAUUUGCUUGCCAAAUAUAAUGAUUGUUAACUCAAGAGGAUGCUUGUUUGUAUAAAAUAAGUUUUUGUCCAGCUUCCUUGAGCAUUUGGAAUAUAAGUUCUAUGCUCCCGUUGCACGUCUCCGCUUUCUUUCUAUCUAUUUCCUCAUGUGAGUCACGUGAGGAGAGAGAUAGGAAGAGAUAAGGGGGACAUGUGAGGUGCAAAAUUAUUUGUAGGAUUUUCUUAGACACUUUUGUUAUGAAAUACAAUCAGUUUGACAAUCACAAUUAUUUUGCUGACA